UUUCCUGAUCUCACAGCCUCUCCUGCGGUGCUGUACCAGCCAGAGGAUCAGGCAGGAAUGCAGCAGUCAGGACUCACCAUCGUGGCCUUGGCUGUCUGUGUGGCUCUUAAAACCUCGGAAGCCAUACUUCCCAUUGCUUCCAGCUGUUGCACUGAGGUUUCUCAUCACAUUUCCAGGAGACUUCUGGAAAGAGUGAAUUUAUGUCGCAUUCAGAGAGCUGAUGGGGACUGUGACUUGGCAGCUGUCAUCCUUCACGUCAAGCGCAGGAGAAUCUGCGUCAGCCCACACAAUCAUACCAUUAAGCGGUGGAUGAGAGCACAAGCAGCCAAGAAAAAUGGCAAAGGCAAAGUUUGCCAAAAGAAACACCAUGGCCAGAGGAACAGCAAAGCAGCGCUUAGGGGUAAACAUGAAGCACGUGGCCCCUGAACUCUUCAUCAGAGAGUUUGCAGAUGUAUCCACACAGGUGAUUCCUCAAGGGCACUUGGCUGUGGUUGGUUAUAAAUUUAUCAUCUGAAUGUUUCUUAUGGGAAGCAUACAGUGCAAAACAAAAUAUGUUCUUUUUUUAAACGAACCACUGCACAGAAUGCAAAGGUAGCCAAUAAUAUACUUACCUAAAAAAAUGAAAUGAAAAUUUAAUACUCAUUUGUACGUGACAUGUUAAAGCAUAUAGAUAUAAUUCCUACAACUUUUUUUAUAAUAAAGUUUUCUCAAUCUACAGAGAGGUUCAAAGAAUGUAUAAGGAACACCCAUAUACCCUUCCCCUAGAUUAAUCAUUGUUAAUAUUUGCCAUACUUGGUUUCUCUCUAGUUCUUUCUUUGUAUGUGUAUAUAUAAAAUAUUAUAUAUUAUAUAUGUAACUUUUUGCUAAAUCAUUUAAAAAGAUGUUGCAAACAUCAUGACACUUGUCUUAGUUCACUUUCUGUUACUAUAAUAAAGUACUUGAGACCAGGUAAUUUCUAAAGAAUUUUUAAAAGUUUAUUUGGCUUAGGAUUCUGAAGACUGGAAUUCUGACAAUACCUCUUAGCAUCUGGUGAAGACUUUUUUACUGCAUUAUAACUCUAAGUACCUCCCAAAGACCUUGCCUUCAAAUAUCAGCACAUAAAUUUCAGCAUCAAAUUUCCAACACAUGAACUUUUGGGGGACACAUUUAAAUCAUAGUAACCCUCCACUCCUAAUUUCUUUUUAAUGUUAUAACAGCAUCCAUGAGAAUAAAGAUACGUUCUAUUUUCUUACAUAAUAACAUUAUUAGUUUUAUACCAAAAAAUUAACAAUUUUACCACAUAUGAGUAUGUAUAUGAAUUAUGUAUUCCAUAUUCAAAUUUCCCCAACUUUUUCCUGAUCAUUUAAUGUAGUUUAUUUUUAAAUCCAGAAAUCAAUUAAGGUUCAAAAGGUCCAUACAUGGGGCUGAGGAUACAGCUUGGUUGGUAGAGUGCUUACCUUGCAAGCAGAAGGCCCUGGGUUCAAAUUCCCAGCACUGCAAAAAAAAAAAAAAAAGGUUCACAUAUUGUGAUCGCUAUUAUUAUUACUAUUUUAGUGUCUUUCAAUCUAAGGAAAUCCCUCUCUCUUUUGUACUGAGUAUUGAACCCAGGAGUACUCUACCUCUGAGCUACAUUCCAAACCCUUUAUAUUUAAUUUUGAGACAGAGUCUCACUAAAUUUGCUGAGACUGGCCUCAAACUUGCAAUCCUCUUGCCUCAGCCUCCACUGGGAUUACAGGUGUGCACACCUGGCUGGUAUGAAAUUUUUAAGAAGAAUCUAAGCCAGUCUCUGUUUCACAUUCUGGGUUCAUCUGAUUGCUUCCUUAAGAUCAGGUUUGGAUUUAUCUUUUUUUGUUGUUGUUGUUGUUGUUUUUGAACUCUUUUUUUUUAUUGUAUGGAUUUAUCAUUUUUGAUACAAGUUUCCUACAUGAAUUUGUAUACUUCAUAUAUCAUUUAGAUUUCAUAAACAUUGGAAUUUGUUUUCUAAAUAGAAAAGUAUAUGCUGAAUAGCACUUUAUUUUUAAUUUUUAUGUGUGUGUGUGUGGAAGAGAGGCAGCAAGACAGAGAGA